AUGGCCACUCUCGUUACGAACCGAGGUCUGGACAGUCUCUCUGCGGCUGCAAGGACCCACACGCAGGCGGUCACCCGAAACUACAUCUCCCAACCCCGGCUGACGUACUCCACGGUCUCUGGCGUGAAUGGACCUCUGGUGAUUCUGGACAAUGUGAAGUUCCCUCGUUAUGCUGAGAUCGUGCACCUCACUCUCCCUGAUGGGACCAAACGCAGCGGUCAGGUGCUGGAGGUCAUCGGGAGCAAAGCUGUGGUGCAGGUUUUUGAGGGAACGUCUGGGAUCGAUGCCAAGAAAACGGCCUGUGAGUUCACCGGGGACAUCCUGAGGACACCAGUGUCUGAGGACAUGUUAGGUCGUGUGUUUAACGGCUCGGGCAAACCCAUCGACCGCGGCCCCACCGUACUGGCAGAAGACUACCUGGAUAUCAUGGGUCAGCCCAUAAACCCUCAGUGCAGGAUCUACCCAGAGGAGAUGAUCCAAACCGGGAUCUCUGCCAUCGACGGCAUGAACUCAAUCGCCCGAGGGCAGAAGAUCCCCAUCUUCUCUGCAGCCGGACUUCCCCACAACGAGAUUGCGGCUCAGAUCUGUCGUCAGGCCGGUUUGGUGCAGAAGUCCAAAGACGUGAUGGACUAUAGCGAAGAGAACUUCGCCAUUGUGUUCGCUGCCAUGGGGGUGAACAUGGAAACUGCACGUUUCUUUAAAUCCGACUUUGAGGAAAACGGCUCCAUGGACAACGUUUGUCUGUUCCUGAACCUCGCCAACGACCCCACGAUCGAGCGCAUCAUCACCCCUCGUCUGGCUCUGACCACAGCUGAGUAUCUGGCGUAUCAAUGCGAGAAACAUGUGCUGGUGAUUCUGACCGACAUGAGCUCCUACGCAGAGGCUCUCAGAGAGGUGUCCGCUGCCCGAGAGGAGGUGCCAGGUCGGCGUGGUUUCCCCGGUUACAUGUACACAGAUCUGGCCACCAUCUACGAGAGGGCGGGGCGAGUGGAGGGACGCAACGGCUCCAUCACCCAGAUCCCCAUCCUCACCAUGCCUAACGACGACAUCACUCAUCCCAUUCCUGAUUUAACUGGAUACAUCACAGAGGGACAGGUCUAUGUGGACCGCCAGCUGCACAACAGACAGAUCUAUCCUCCCAUAAACGUUCUUCCGUCGUUGUCUCGUCUGAUGAAAUCUGCCAUCGGUGAAGGAAUGACCAGGAAGGACCACGCUGACGUCUCCAACCAACUGUACGCCUGUUAUGCAAUCGGGAAAGACGUUCAGGCGAUGAAGGCGGUCGUCGGUGAAGAGGCUCUGACCUCGGACGAUCUUCUGUAUCUGGAAUUUCUGCAGAAGUUUGAGAAGAACUUCAUCGCUCAAGGUCCCUAUGACAACAGGACGGUGUAUGAGACCCUGGACAUCGGGUGGCAGCUGCUCAGGAUUUUCCCCAAAGAAAUGUUGAAGAGGAUUCCUCAGAGCACAAUCGCCGAGUUCUACCCCCGCGAGUCCGGGGUGCGCCACUGA